GACGCGCCACUGCUGGAAAGGGAAAGCCGAGUGCUGAGGGGCGGAGCCUAGAAAGCGCGCGUUCUGGGAGGGGGCGGAGCCGGCUUAAGGGUGCCACGUCACGUCCGGGAGCUUUAGAGCCCGUGCUGAGGCGGUGUGGAGCGGUUCGGUUACCAGCGGAUUGGAAACUUGGUGUGUUCUGGGAGGCUGCGGCGGACCCUCUAUAAAGAAAGCAAGAGGUUGGCAGCUUCGAUUGAAGCACAUCGAGCUGAGCAGCGGCAGUAGCUACAAGUCAUGAGCGACAGCGGCGAACAGAACUACGGCGAGCGGGAAUCCCGUUCUGCUUCCAGAAGUGGAAGUGCUCAUGGAUCUGGGAAAUCUGCAAGGCAUACCCCUGCAAGGUCUCGCUCCAAGGAAGAUUCCAGGCGCUCCAGAUCAAAGUCCAGGUCCAGAUCUGAAUCUAGGUCUAGAUCCAGAAGAAGUUCUCGAAGGCAUUACACAAGGUCAAGAUCUCGGUCUCGCUCCCAUAGACGAUCCCGUAGCAGGUCUUACAGCAGAGAUUAUCGAAGACGUCAUAGCCACAGUCAUUCUCCCAUGUCUACUCGCAGGCGUCAUGUUGGGAACCGGGCAAAUCCUGAUCCAAACUGUUGUCUUGGAGUAUUUGGAUUGAGCUUGUACACUACAGAAAGAGAUCUAAGAGAAGUGUUCUCUAAAUAUGGUCCUAUUGCUGAUGUGUCUAUUGUAUAUGACCAGCAGUCUAGACGUUCAAGAGGAUUUGCCUUUGUAUAUUUUGAAAAUGUAGAUGAUGCCAAGGAAGCAAAAGAGCGUGCCAAUGGAAUGGAGCUUGAUGGACGUAGAAUCAGAGUUGAUUUCUCUAUAACCAAAAGACCACAUACCCCAACACCAGGAAUUUACAUGGGGAGACCUACCUAUGGCAGCUCACGCCGUCGUGAUUACUAUGACAGAGGAUACGAUCGAGGCUAUGAUGAUCGGGACUACUAUAGCAGAUCAUACAGAGGAGGAGGUGGAGGAGGAGGAGGAUGGAGAGCUGCUCAAGACAGGGAUCAGAUUUACAGAAGGCGGUCACCUUCUCCUUACUAUAGUCGUGGAGGAUACAGAUCACGUUCCAGAUCUCGAUCAUACUCACCUCGUCGCUAUUAAAGCAUGAAGUUGACUUUCUGAAACCUGCCCUAGAGUUGGGAUAUUGUUUGUGGACAAUAUUUUUUAUUGUCUCCUGUUUAAAAAGUGAACAGUGCCUAGUGAAGUUAGGUGACUUUUACACCUUUUAUGAUGACUACUUUUGGUGGAGUUGAAAUGCUGUUCUCAUUCUGCAUUUGUGUAGUUCGGUGCUUUGUUCAAAGUUAAGUGUUUUCAGAAAAGUAUGUUUUGCAUGUAUUUUUUUACAGUCUAAAUUUUGACUGCUGAGAAGUUUCUAUUGUACAAAACUUCAUUUAAAAGGUUUUUCUACUGAAUCCAGGGUAUUCUGAAGAUCGAAGCCUGUGUGUAAAAUGCUACCAAAUGGCAAAAAGCAACAAUAAAGUUUGAUUUUUACUUUCUUUCUAACAUCAGUGGUUAGCAGAACUAUUCAGAUUAGGUUGUUAGUAGUAAAUUUCAAAACAAAAAUGCCCGUUUUCCUCCAGUCCAUGAAACAUACCAUACUUAAUAUACUUGCAAUUACGUGUUAAAAAAUUAUGCUCUGUAACUCAGUACUGCUAGUAUUAGAACUAAAGAUCUUUCAAUACAGCAAAUGCUUAAUGCUUAUAUAAUUGUGGAUUUUUCAGCCUUUAUGUAAUCUGUAUUAUAGCAGGGAGUAAGAAAAGAGUUAACACAAUGUAAGCCUUAAAAAGGCUAUACCUUAAAGCUGUUAUAAGGGGAUAAUGGUAUUUCAACUGAUUAUCAGCAAAUGACAUUACAUUCCACCAUAAAUGUACUCUCAUUCUAGCUUUUAGACUAUGAAAAAACUGGGUGCUUCAGAGUUUGGGGAAAAAGAAGGGAACACUACUGUGUUGUGGGUGAACUGAAGACUGCCUGUUCAUUUUUUAAAUAUUAUUUUCAGGUCCUUUGCUUACCAGAGGAGGCCCAAUUUCGCUCAAAUGUUUUGAGAACUGUGUUAAAUAAACGCAAAUGAAAAGAGUAAAAGGCUGGUACAACUCAGUUUACAAAGAAGGUUUUGUUUAUUUUAACCUUACUUUAUAAUUAAGAGUUAUUUUAUAGUUUUUAGUCCCUUGUGCAGUACCCUUUGGACUGAGUAUAUUCUUUGUGCUGGUUUAAAAAACAUAUAUUCCUGGAGUUAGUAACUACUAGGUAUUAUAGUGAUCAUCUCCAUUUGGGGAUGACAUUGUAUUAAAUAACUCCACUCUUCACACUUGCCCUAAUGGUGCCUGAGAUGCAUGUUCUCAGUAUUGUUUCCUCUGAAUUUCAGUUAUUUUUCAUGGCCAAUUCUAGGGAAAUUGCUACGGGCAGGUGAUUUAAUUUUGUUGGCCUACUGGCCUUUAUAGUGCAGACAUAUCUCAGAUAUUGCAUGUUUGGUUCCAGACUAUCACAGUCAACUGAGUCACAUAAAUUUUUAUUUCCCACUGCAUUAUAAGUUAUGUUUAUACUAUAUAGUCUAUUACAAAGUUAUGCAAUAGCAUUUUCUUUAAAAAUUAUAUAACCUUAAUUUUAAAAUACUUUAUUGCUUAACAGAAGUCUAACCAUCUGAGCCUUCAAGUCCUUAUCUUUUUGCUGGUGGUGGGUCUUGUCAAUAGUGGUGAAUACACGGUAUCUGCAAAAACACAAAACAAGGUUUGUCUGUACUUAGAUAUUUAGUAAGCACUUCACAAAUACUCAUUUAAGUCUGUAGCAAUCAUAAUGUAGUUAUUUACCUUAAACAGUAGCUACUAAAGGAGCAAUGCCAAGAUCAGAACCUGGGCGGUCUCAGUCCACAGUUAGUACUCUGAAUUAUGAUACCAUUCUCCCUCUAAUCUGGGUAACUGGAUGAUCGAAAAUAUUGGUAAUGUAGCAUAGACAGCGUUUGCAAGGUCUUGUCAAAUUUACUGGAUGUAGUGUCUCAUGUAUGCCUCAUAUUUUGGGGAGCUGUUAUAUAUACAUAAAAUUCUAUACCUGCAUGUUUGUGUUUCCAGUAAGCAUCUGGAACUACAUUCCUGUUUUUCAAAUAUAUUCUCAAACAGUUUUGGAAUAAGAAUUGGUCCCUCAACAUGGUUAUACAAGUUGAGUUUUACAAUGUGGUCCAAAAGGAGUUGGAUUAUAAGAGAUAGAUUAAAGGUUGAGAAGCCUAGUUUUUUAGUGAUGGAGUGUAUAUGAAGGAACCAUGGUACUGCUUACAUGUGUCUUGCUUACAGAAAGGGUCAGCCAGCACCACUGUAGUGGGGAUGGGAGCAGUGAUAUCUGUCAUAGGUCUCACUGACUGAGCUGCCCUAUGCCCUAGCCAAAGACCCGCCUCUUCGUGCAUUAAAGAUUUCCCAGCCCUCUAAUUAGCCCAGGAUAUAAGCACAACUUUGGAAAAAAAACAACCAGGCCUAAUUAAUGCGUCACAGAAGAUGUUGGCUUCCAACUAACCUAAUGCAUGUAAGUCACCAUUAGCUUGUCAAUAAAAAGUUUAUUUUAAA